UCUGUCUGUUAAAACUAACUCACUCCAGAUUUGAGCAUUUUUAGAUGUAUCUUAUUUCAGAUUUGGAGCUACAGUCGGCCAAACAUAGUCCAGAGAAGUUGGCUUAACAAGAUCGCAAUUUGUAAAAACGGAAACAGCCCUCCUCUACCUGAGUGCAAAACCGGAAGCUGAAGAGUGAGAGGCAAACUUUCGCUUCAAACAGGUUUCCAGCUCCAGAGGUGCUCGCAGUUACACAUCUGCAGAGAUGGAAAAAGAGAUGACCCCAACUUUACUGUCUAAUUCAUUUACUGGAACGACGAACAGCUCAGGAUCAGGAGAGUUCAAAGUCAGCCGUCGUUCAAACCAAAAAAUUAAGUUUGCAGCUUCUCUAAACCACAACAACAAUAGUGACAAAAGCAGUAAUUCUGUACCUCACAAAAAAGCAAUUAAGGUGUUGGAUGCUCAAAGGAGAGAUGUUACUCCUCUGGCCCUGGGUCCUACACAUCUGGAAGACCCACAGUCCAAAAAGAAACCAUUAUCUCUGGAUGAUCUCUUUUUCAAUACAGGAGCAAAUAUUUUCAAGUCCUCUUCAGUCGCCGAUGUGGCUUCUUCCAGAUUGUUUUGCAGCUCAUUUUCCAGCAUGUCUACGAUGGAAUCUGGUUUACUCUCUAGGAGCUGUAAAACCGAAGAUAGCUUUCCUCUGCAGGACGUUACUCCUCCCCCUCCUGUUCACAGUGCAGUCCCAUUGGAAAGGAAGGGUCUGCCAGAGGAAAAUCCUGAUCAGGGGUUUGAUGUCACCCUUACUGAGACAGACACCUUUUCGCUGCUGGACAUAUCUCCCACCAUUAUCUCAGAGGAUGCUGAGGGUGCAGAAGCGGUUAAACAGAGAAACAUCCACUAUGCUGAGUUUUGCAAGAGCAGAAUGGCUAAUGAUAAUUAUUCGGAGCGAUCAACUCAGGCAUUUGUCGGGGAGCCUAAAACCAAGCACGUCCAGACCAACAAGAACAGCAGCGUCAAUAAAAGCACAACCGCUACCAGCUGGGACAUGUAUGACUCUCUCUGUAAGCCUGUCGACGCUGGGGAAACCCAGGAAGCUGACCAAGAGGAUUAUUUUGUGAGCACCAAAAAAGAGAAAGACAAAGCAGAAGGGAGCUUGAGUGGGGACACAGGCAGUACGCUCACCUUUGUGGUGGAGAUGGAAACAUGUGUGGACAGUUUAACAGCCGAGUCAGACCAAGAUAAGAUCGUGUUAUCGGAAUCAUUCCAGAACAGCUUGUUGGUAAUGGAGAGGGUCGUAGUGCUAAACAUUUUCCAGCCUAUGCUGGCUGCUUUCAGAGGGCUGCCAGUCCUGAAAGACCCGUACAGCACAGAGAAGAAGCCUGUCGCUAUGGAACAGAGUACCGAGGACAAAGACUGGUUUUUAACUCCAACCCUGGAACGCCUUUGGGCCUUUGCCUGCCCUCUCAGCAUAGGACGAAACAUCACCAGCAUGACAUGGAAUAAGAGGAACCCAGAUAUCCUGGCAGUGGGCUACGGUGACUGGUCCUCAGGCAGCCCAAAACCAGGUCUCGUUUGCUGCUGGUCUCUAAAAAAUCUAAUGUGGUCGGAGCGAAUCUUUCCCUGCCAUAGCAGUGUGACAUGCCUGGAUUUCUCAGCCAACAACCCCGGCCAGCUGGCCGUAGGAAUGUACGAUGGCUCUGUGGCCAUCUACAACAUCCAGGCCAAAAACCAAGUGGCGUGUAUCGCCAACAGUCGUGACACUUCUAAAAGACACCAGCAACCGGUGUGGCAGGUCAUCUGGACCAAACAACAGCUACAAUUGUCGGGGGAAGAACGAGACGAAGUCCUUGUGUCCGUGUCAGGAGAUGGGAGGAUUACCAAGUGGCUCAUGCUGAGCGAUGGUUUCAACUGUAUAGACCUGAUGGUAGUGAAAAGGAUUCAGGAUCGUAAAGAGAAACCUAAAGGAAACCAGGAGAAGAUUGAAAAUGUUCUGCUGCCAGUGACUCCAGUUCUUUGUGUUGACUUCCAUCCAACAGACGCCGGGAUCUACGUGAUUGGAACGUGGGACGCUCGCAUGCACAAGUGCUCUUUUUCCAACAGUGCGCAUUUUCUGGACACAUACAAUAAACACUUUUCUCCUGUGACCCAGGUUGAAUGGUCACGCUUCUAUCCAGAUGUUUUCCUGAGCUGCUCCGCAGACUGGACCAUCCAGCUGUGGCAGCUGGACACUAUGACACCCAAGAUGAGCUUCACGUCUGUACAGAGCCCAGUGGAUAGCAUUAAGUGGUCCCCGAACUGCUCCAUGGUAUUUGCAGCUGUUUACAGACAGCGUAUGGAGGUCUGGGACCUGAGUUCGAGCAUUCUUCUCCCGACCGCCGUGCACCACGCUGAGCCUGGCGUAACCCUGGGAUCUGUGCUGCUUGCCAAAGGGUCAGAUUGUGUUUUGGUCGGGGACAGUGGGGGUCGGGUGACGGUGUACAAGCUCAAAAACUUCAGAGCUGGGAAACAAAAGCAGGUAAACAACCUGGACGACAUCAUGCAAGCUGUCCCCGGGUCCCUUAACGACUGAAGAACUGGCUUCAAAUGGGUUCAUAGAAGAAUUGUCAUUGUUUUUACAGAAAGUAAGGGAUUUAAGAUGGUCUUUGUUAAAACGUAUUUGUUGUUUUAUUAAAUUAAAUUUGUUCUUGAAUUAAAUACCAAAAGGCAGAAAAUAGCAGUGUUGUCUACUGUUCCAUGAAGUGUUGUAUGUUUUUAUUUGCAAGUGAGAAUAAUUUAAGAAUUUGUUGCAUCAGUUUAAGUCUAAAAAGGCUGCUCUGUUUCUGUGAUACAGGGAUUAAAAAGGCAAUUCACAACAGCUAAGGGCUGUGGUGGCAUUAAAAGUGGAAAAUGAAUGGACA